AGGGAUCUUACGAAUUUCGAUCGAGCUGACGACGACCCGAAACCCUGCUCUUCAUGGUGAGCGAGUGAUAGAUUGAAGUGGUUAUAAAGACCACUGCGUCCAUCAUGAACCGCCUGUUUGGAGCAACAAGCGCUGCGCCCAAGCCAUCGCUCAACGAUGCUGUCAAGAACAUUGAAGAUAAGGCUGGGGGAGUGGACAUUAAACUUGCCAAACUUAAUUCCGAACUCUCCGCCGUCAACGAUCGACUCAAACGGAUGCGCGAGGGACCAGGCAAGCAAACCGUAAAAAAAAAGGCGCUGGGCCUUCUCAAGCAGCGCAGACAGUAUGAAGGCCAACUCGACCAGCUGCGACAGCAAGUCAAUAACAUGGAGCAAGCGGGCAUGAUGCAGGACAACCUAAAGAAUACGAUGGUCACGGUUGACGCUAUGAAGACGACGACGAGAGAACUGAAGAAACAGUACGGUAAGGUCAAUAUCGACCAGAUCGAGCGACUCCAGGACGAGAUGGCGGACCUGAUGGACAUCGGCAACGAUAUACAGGAGAGCAUGAGCCGGAGUUACGACGUACCGGAGGAUAUAGAUGAGGAGGACUUGGAGGCAGAACUGGAGGCGCUGGGGGACGAGAUGGAGCAUGAGGCGACACUGGGAGGAGCGGAGGGGGUGCCGAGCUAUCUCAUGGAGGAUACCGCAGCUCCACCGCAGUUCAUUGAUGAGCCUCCCGAAACCUCCAAGGUGAAGGAGACAGCAGGUUGAGCGGGUUCAGUUGAAUCGCUACAUCCCUCCUUAGUCACAUUAUCUGUGGUCAAAGUUUCGAUUCCGGAAUCGACCACUCGCUUGGAAUCAGGCAGGAGGACCGCACCGCAUCUGGAAUUCGGUCAAUUUCACGGCGCAAGGUUGGAUGGUACAAGCAUGGCGUUCGGAAGAUGAUGGAGCAAUGAGUUUGUUAUUGAUUCGGAGAGAAUAUCCUGCGCAGAGUACACAUUCAAGGCAUCAAUACGAUACACCGGUCUUGUGAUACCAGUAGGCAUUCGGAGUUAAUACGUUGCUGGUGUACCAUCUGUCGCCUUUCCCGUGAUAUCAUCCUAUCCAUUGCCUGGAUGCUUUACUUGGAUAAACUCUCAUCCAUUGUCGGAAUACUUUUGCUUAAUACUCACCCAUAAUAUACAUAACACAUGCAUGUAGCGCCUUC